AUGUUCAGCAACAGUCAGCCUGUUGCUGGGCCAGUUCUGGGAGGCUGGUUCCUUUGCAAUGCUCGCCAAUUGUUCGGCGUCGCCGAGACUAUUCUGGUUGAAGCCUUAGCAAUGGAGGGGCAAGCUCUCGAGCUCCAGCAGAUAGUGGCUGUUGCCUGUGGCUGGUGGGUCAAUGGGGUUGCGUAA